AUGACAGCAUUUUAUCGAACAUUAUUAUAUACUUUCGUCGUAUUUUUGUCUAUUUUUUAUCGAUUAACAUAUUCACAAUCACCAACAACAUCAUCGAUAUCUCCAAUAGUAUCUAAUUCAAAUAACACAACAAACUUUACAAAUACAUCCAUUGAUACUAAUUCAGCAUUAUCUUCAAGUUCAACUUCAUUUUCGAACAGUUUGGCAUCAGUUAGUACUACUAAUUCAAUAAGUUCAUCAGACAUAUCAACAACGCCAACUACAACAGUUAGUGGUUCGAUAAAUACUAAUAUUUCUGUGGAUCAAUCAACAACAUCUAGUGUUAAUAAUACUCGUCCCCCAGAUGCAUCAUCAGGACCAGGCUGGUGGUUGUUAGUUGCCCUUCUUAUAACAAUAGCCAUCGUUAUUAUUGCUGGUAUUAUUUUCUAUUAUCGAAAGCAAUCUUCAUAUAGACGAUGUAUCCCUUGUUUACAAUGGAAUAGACAAUACAAUUUCAGAUUUCUUCGAAAUUGGCGAUCACGUGAUGAUGAUGCAGAUAAUAUUAUUUUACAACUUGAACAAUCCGAAAUAUCACCUGGUCAAUGGCCACCUCGAAUCUCUUUUACUUAA